AUGGAGGGAAAGAGACAACUUGAAAAAAGGGACUUUGGAAAAAGGCUGUCCCUGGAUAGCAGUCUUGUGGAAUACAUGGACUCUAAUAAAUACAUUGAGCAUCUGCUAACUCAAUUGGAGGAACAACACAGAAGUCUCUGGAGGGAGAAGUUGGCUGUGGCCCGACUACAGCGAGAAGUUGCCCAGAGAACAAGCCAGGGGGCCAUGCAUGAGAAGCUGAUACAUGAACUGGAAGAGGAGAGACACUUGCGUCUUCAAAGUGAGAAGCGGUUGCGGGAGGUGACCCGUGAGUCAGAGCGCAACAGAGUUCAGAUGCGUGGUCUUCAGCGGCAGUUCUCCAGGAUGGAAGAAACAGUACGAAAUCUAUUGCAGAGUCAAGGACCUACAGAGCAGAAGAGAGAAGAAUCUGUUAACAUAAUGACCUAUCAGGAAAAGCCAUCGGAGGAAGAGAGAAAACACAAGGAAGCUUUGGAUGAUCUUCACAUGGUGGUAGAUGAGGAUUCAAGGAGUGAAAACAGCAGUACAGAUGAGGGCAAAGAAAAGACGAAAUUGCUGUUGGAAAGAUUGAAAGCUUUAGAGGCGGAGAAUUCAGCCUUGGCUUUGGAAAAUGAAAAUCAAAGAGAGCAGUAUGAGCGAUGUCUGGAUGAGGUAGCCAACCAAGUUGUUCAAGCUCUGCUCACUCAAAAGGAUCUAAGGGAGGAGUGUGUAAAGUUGAAAACAAGAGUGUUUGAUUUGGAACAACAGAACCGAACACUGAGCAUCCUAUUCCAACAGCGAGUCCGACCAACUUCUGAUCUGCUCCUGCAGAUAAAAGAGGCAAACGAAAACUUACAAGAGGAUGAAGAAGAUACAAUUGCAGAUUCCGCAUUUCAGAGCCACAACCUAGAAUCAAACUGCCAGAUGAGAACCUUGGACAGUGGAAUUGGAACCUUCCCACUCCCAGAGUCGGGAAAUCGCUCGAUGGGACGGUACAUAUGCCCACCAGACUCUCCGGAGGAGACCGACCCCCUCCUGUCUCUCCAGCCAGCUCCUUCCACAGCUUCUUCCAUCAGAGCCCAAACCCUAGAACGCGAAGUGCCUUCCUCCGCGGACAGCCAGUGCUCCACAAAGACUGCCAUCGUUCAUUCCAUAUCCGACCCCAUCAUGACAGCCAGGGGCAUGCGACCUCAGAGUCGCCUUCCCAAACCAGCUUCCUCAGGUUAA